AGGGAGAGCAGAACAGGUUUGAACAGCAGAUUGACGCUGUGUCGGGCAGACUGAAGACUCCCUCACUGGACGAAUAUGGUUUAUUUUGGUGGAUUUCGACUGGAGAAUCCGAGUCUGUGAUUAAAAGCUGUGGAUUUUUUUUCUCAUUCUCACAUCACCUCGGUUUACUGAGAAUCUGGGGGGGGAAAGGACAAGUGAAAGAUCUCUGGAAGAAGCUGUUUUUACCUUGGAAAGACACGCCAACAAAGAGCAUUCAGGGAAGUAGCCUGCUGCCUGGUGAGGUAACGCAAGUUAGUUCAGCAACAAAUAAAGUACGGCAGCGGAUCAGUUCUCCACCAUGGUUUACAACAGACUCCUCCGUACGGUUUUGCCCUUGCUGUUUUUUAUUCUGUUCAUAAACGUGGGAAUCUUUCGAGUAAACGGGCAGUACGGCGGCGGUGACCGAGGAAUGUCUAUACCGGAGCACGGGUUUUGCCAGCCGAUCUCCAUUCCGCUGUGUACGGACAUCGCGUACAACGAAACUAUCAUGCCAAACCUGCUGGGUCACACCAACCAGGAGGACGCGGGGCUGGAGGUCCACCAGUUCUACCCGCUGGUGAAAGUGCAGUGCUCCCCGGAUUUAAAGUUCUUCCUCUGCUCCAUGUAUGCGCCCGUGUGCACGGUGCUCGAGCAGGCGCUGCCUCCGUGCCGCUCUCUGUGCGAGCGCGCGCGGCAGGGUUGCGAGGCGCUCAUGAACAAGUUCGGCUUCCAGUGGCCCGAUAGCCUCGCGUGCGAGUCCUUCCCAGUCCACGGCGCGGGAGAGCUGUGCGUCGGCCAAAACAUGUCGGACCGCACCGACUCGGAGAGCCCCGGUCCGUACCCCACCGAGCGCACACCCUCUGGCCCCGUGAACGGUCAGUUCAGGUGCCCGGCCUCGCUCAGGGUGCCUCCCUAUCUGAACUACCGCUUCCUCGGGCAGGAGAACUGCGGCGCUCCCUGUGAGCCUAAGAGAUCUCACGGGAUGAUGUACUUUAGUGAGGAGGAGCUCAAAUUUGCGAGGAUAUGGAUCGGCAUCUGGUCAGUAUUGUGCUGUGCUUCCACUUUAUUUACCGUACUGACCUACCUGGUGGACAUGAAGCGCUUCAGCUACCCGGAGCGGCCAAUUGUCUUCCUCUCUGGCUGCUACACUAUGGUAUCCAUCGCCUACAUUGCUGGAUUUUUACUGGAGGACAAGGUGGUGUGCAAUGACAGGUUUGAUAAUGACAUAAGGACUGUGGUGCAGGGCACUAAAAAAGAGGGCUGCACCAUCCUCUUCAUGAUGCUGUACUUCUUCAGCAUGGCCAGCUCAAUCUGGUGGGUCAUCCUGGCCCUCACCUGGUUCCUGGCAGCAGGGAUGAAAUGGGGCCACGAGGCCAUCGAGGCUAACUCUCAGUACUUCCACCUGGCAGCCUGGGCCGUGCCGGCCAUCAAGACUAUUACCAUCCUGGCUGUUGGGCAGGUGGACGGAGAUGUGUUGAGUGGGGUUUGCUUCGUGGGUAUCAACAGCGUGGACGCCUUGCGUGGCUUCGUUCUGGCACCGUUAUUUGUCUACCUGUUCAUCGGCACCUCCUUCCUCCUGGCUGGCUUCGUGUCCCUGUUUCGCAUCCGGACCAUCAUGAAGCACGACGGCACCAAAACGGAGAAGCUGGAGAAGCUGAUGGUGCGGAUAGGGAUCUUCAGCGUGCUGUACACUGUGCCGGCCACCAUCGUCAUCGCCUGCUACUUCUACGAGCAGGCCUUCAGAGAGCAGUGGGAGAGGACGUGGAUCAGCCAGACAUGCAAGACAUACGCUGUACCAUGUCCUAUCCAGAACCACCCCAACAUGAGCCCUGACUUCACUGUCUUCAUGAUAAAGUAUCUCAUGACGCUCAUUGUGGGCAUUACCUCUGGAUUUUGGAUCUGGUCUGGGAAGACACUCAACUCCUGGAGGAGGUUUUACACAAGACUGGCCAACAGUAAACAGGGUGAGACCACAGUGUAAUGUGGUUUUACCUCAACCCUCACACAGACUGCUUAGUGACAAACUGAAUGAUAAUCCUCUUUAUUAUUUUCAUUUGAUUCGUCUUUGACUUAAAGGAGACACUCUGUAUGUUUUUUAAUGUACAUACACAUUUGUGAGAUUUUUGUAAGUAUAUAUUUGUAUUUAAAGAUUUUAAAAAUUCUUUCCUUUUUUUUAAAAAAAAAAAAAAACACAACUUUUUCAUACUUUGGACAUAAUGGAAUUGUACUUAACCAUCACAAAGAGCCAGCCGACCAUCAAAGAGCCUGAGGUCUCAUGACCUGGCUCACUGUGGACACCACUGGGAGUAUUUCACAUCGAGUGUUUGCAUCUUUGAUCAGUGAACUGCCUGUGAGCGGUGGGUCUAUUCUAAGCAGAGUCCCGUGAAACCCAAGUGCUUCCUCGUGGCUGCCUCUUAUCCUGAUUAACCAGCUGUAGUUUGUGUCUGUUGUACAGUUGAGCAGCAGUUGCCCGGGCUCUGGAGGGAAAUGUCAGUCGUCUGGGACAAGAGACGGUGCACAGGUUGUGAAUGUGAGUCAUUGUGACAGAUGGUUUUGGCUUGUAGCUCAGGCCCUGACAGUUAUAACAUUCCUUUCCAAAUAAAGCACACGCAAUCUUGCCAGUUUAAAGGACCAUACCAGCGUUUUUGCAUGUUUUAAUCCUGAAAGUUGUGUAUUUUUAGUGAAGAUUUUUUAUUGUGUUCUUCCCACUUUCCUGGAAACUGAUUUUUUUUUACUAUGAUAUGAAAUUCUGCUGACAGUGUCCAUAACAGCUGACCUGUGUUUUGUUUAAAUUGUGUUAUUGUUGCGUUGCAAUGCAGAUGUAAGAGCAAAUUAAAUUGCAUUAAGACACAACAAUAACACAACAUUGACCAAAAUGAAAACAGAUAAAAUUCUCACAGAUAUUCUGACUGACAGGUUGAUUUAAUUACUGGGAUGAAAUGAGAUGGAUCCAGAGGCUGCUAGAUACCAGGGAAAACACAUUUAAGAAUAUGAAACAUUGUGGUAUGGUGUUGAAAAUGGUCAACUGUAAUGUAAGAGAUACUUCAAGGAUAUAAAACAUGCAAAUGUACUAGUAUGCUCCUUAAUAACAGCGAUUUAGAACACCAUCAGCAGUGUCCAGCUGGAAAACAUACAGACCAAGUAGAAGACCUCCGAGUGUGUGUGUUAAAGCACAUUUUAAACUUGAGCCAUUUUUCUGUAUACAGUGCUAUGUAAAAUCACUGGACACCCUUUGAGCCUUUACAGUGUGUUUUGAUACAUCUUUAAAAUGUCACACUUUCUUACAUUUUUCUAUCAAAUCAAAGUACUAAGUACUGAAAUUAGAUUAUUUGCAUGCAAUUUAUUCAACACACAAAAAGUACAUUGAUGCUGUGUCAUCAGAGUAGAAUUGAAAUGACUAAGUCAGUUGAUCUGUCGAAAAAAAAAAAUCCUAUCCUAACUAUACUGACAAUUGAUUUCUAAUUACAGUAAUUUGUCAAGCAAAAGUCCCAAAUAUCUGCAGGGCCCAGCCUCUCACAUGUGAAGAUUUGUCUCUCAUUGGUCAGGUCUGAUGUUAAUAUUUUUAGGUUUCUGAUUAUUGGUUGACUAAAUUAAAUAAUUCCAAUACAUGACUUUCAGCGAUGGUAAAUUUUAAUGGACAUAAUUGACAAUUUUCUGACAUUUUAUAGAACAAAUACUGGAAUUAGUAAAUAAUCUAUGGACUAAUCAAUGAAAAUAAGUAAGCCUAAAUCAGAUUAAUUGUGUGAGUGAAAAGCAUUUGAUCCAAAUUUUCCAGGUUGCCUGUGAAUAAGCUCAGGUUGCACCUACAGGUUUUGAACAUGACUGAAAAUUGUGAAUUGUUCCAAUUUUGACUUGUAGUAGAGUUGUAAGGCAGGUUGUAAGUUGUUAGGGUGUAUUACGGCUUCAGUCUCAGAAAACACAAGCAUAUUGUGGAAUGUGGGGUUUAUGACAACUUUGGGGUCACAGUCAAGGAACAUCAGUUUCAAACAGAAAAUGAAUGUUCUGCUCACAAUGCAUGAGUGAUGAGUUGAGGUCAUGUCAGAUAUCUGCAUGUGUGUGGGGGUUUUUUGUUUUGUUUUUUUGUUUUUGUUUUUGGUUUAUCUAAUUCUAAAAAUCCUCAUGGGACAGGGGAUAGUGAAAUUUGAAGAAGAAAAAAAACAUUUCACAGUUAUUGUAAUUGUUAAAAUGUGAAAUUAAUUUUCUUCGGGGGGUGUCCAGACUUAUACAUGGCAUUGUACUUAUGGUUCUGUCAAGAGCUGAUAAUAGGAGAGGUUAUUUGUCAUGCACACAUCACAGAUGUUUGCAACGAAAGAUGUUUUCGAUUCAUUGUUUCCAGUAUAUGUUCUUAACCUGAAGGUUGAAUAUGUCAGUUAUUGCUGAGAGGAGACCUGAUCUGCAGGGUAAUUGGAUCCUGGUGAACAUAGCUGCGUGUCUGCACUGUGGGACUGAAGAGCAGCCAGCAGCUUGCAUGUCUUCCACUGCAGGAGAAAGGAAGCCUUGUGUUGAGAUGCAGAGCGGCUGCUGUCACUGCAGCUCAGUUCACACACACAUCAUGACUUGUGUUCUUGUCAAAUGCUCUUCCACACGGUGCUUCCGGUUCAUAAUAAUCCUUUUAUUGUGUUGACGGCUCUACAAUAGUCAUGGCUUUGAAGUAAUUUCCUUUGCAUUUGCUAUGAAGAGAACCUUUAUAUUUAUAGAAAAAAUAUUCUAUAUACACUACAUUGAUUUCUUUAUGAGAAUAAAAACAAUCUCACCAUUGUCAAA